UCUAUUUUCUUUUCUACCAAACAAAACCGAGCUUGUCAAAUAUGGCUUCUACUUCAUCUUUAGCCAUCUCCUGUAAAACUACCUAUGAUGUUUUCCUUAGCUUUAGGGGAAUUGAAACUCAUCACAAUUUUACUAGUCAUCUUUGUGCUGCCCUUUGCCGGAAAAAUAUUACAACAUUCAUAGACGAUGUUCUUGAAAGAGGAGAAGGGAUCUCGCCAGCCCUCAUGAAAGCGAUUGAAGAAUCCAAGAUUUCUGUAGUAAUUUUCUCAGAAAAUUAUGCAUCCUCUCGGUGGUGCCUAGAUGAACUAGUGAAGAUAAUUGACUGCGAGAAAAAAUUAGGGCGAAAGGUUUUACCCAUUUUCUACCGUGUAAAUCCUUCCGAUGUUAGAAAACAGACUGGGAAAUUUGGAGAAGCAUUUGGGAAAGUCAAAGAAAAUUCAAAGCACAGCUUAGACGUUGUGGAGAAGUGGCGCACUGCUUUGAUGGAAGCAGGCAAUCUAUCUGGAUGGGUUUCCAGCGACUCCAGGUGUCUCGUAACUAUUGUGGAUGACAUGUUAGAGAUGCACGAUCUGAUAGCGGAAAUGGGUCAAGAUAUUGCUCGGCGGAAGGGUAUCAUAUUAUGCAAUUCUAAUGACAUCUGUGAUAUGUUGACCUCAACUAAUAAUAAGGCAAAUGAAGCAGUUGAAGGCCUACUUUUGAACAUGUCUGAAAUUGGAAGGCUAUAUUUGAAUGAUUCAGUCUUCUUAAGAAUGCCCAACUUGAGAUUGCUUAAAUUUUACAGGGAUCGCUUAAAUUUUACUGAAUUCAGAUUUCAAUCAAAUUAUCUAAAAAGUCUUCCUAAGAAGUUGAGUUUACUUCAUUGGGAAAAAUACCCUUUCAAGUCUUUGCCAUUAAAUUUUUCCAUGGAAAACCUUGUCCACCUCAUCAUGCCACGUAGCGAAGUUGAAGAGCUCUGGAAUGGAUCUACGUGUUUGCCAAACUUAAAAUCUCUUGAUCUUACUCGCUCAAAGCAUCUGAAAAUAGUCCCUGAUUUUUCUAUGAUGACAAGCCUGGAAGACAUAAAUUUUGAUGGUUGUGAGAGUUUGAUUGAGAUUCCAUCAUCCAUUCAGUGCCUGAAAAGACUCGAUUCUCUUUGUCUAGCUGGUUGCGCAAAGUUGAGAAGUCUUACACAAAUGCCGAGAGGCAUAAAAUUUUUAAAUUUCGCUGAUUCUGGAGUGGAAGAGUGGUCUCCGUCAUCUAUCCAAUAUCUUGAAAAUCUUUUGGUCUUAGAUACUAGCGAUUGCGAAAACCUUAGAAGUCUUCCAAGAAUUAUAUAUUGCAAUACUUUUAUAAGACUUUAUAUCAGUUUCUGCCCAAAUCUCAUCAUGUCUCCGCAGAUUAUGGAAAGUUCAGAAGUAUUGCCCUCAUCAAAUUAUGGUACUAUUGAGUUAGAUUUGAGUGAAUGUAAAAAGCUCAACAGUCUCCCAAAUAGCACUUGCGAAUUGAAACGCCUUGAGAUUCUGAAUCUCAAUGGCUGUUCAUAUCUUGAGAAAUUGCCUCCUUUAUAUGGUUUAUGCUCUUUAAAGGAGUUACUUCUAGAUGGCACUGCACUUGUAGAAAUUCCCCCUGACACUGCCUCUUUGUCAUCAUUAAGACGACUGAGUUUAAAGAACUGCAAGAGACUCCAAAAGUCAGUAUCAACUUCAUAUAUUGCACUAAUAAAAUAUCGUGAAGAAUGCAGGGAAUAUGGUUAUGAAUUGAAUUUUUGUAAUUGCCUAAAUUUGGACCAAAAUGCACGUGGCACCAUUAUCGCAGAUGCUCUCCGGAGAAUUAAAGAAUUAGCCAUUGCUAGAUGUGGUGGAUUAGAAAUUGCUAGACCUUAUGGAGCAUUUUAUCCUUAUUUUUGUGUUGGUUUACCCGGAGGGAAAAUUCCUGAGUGGUUGAGCUGUGAAGGCCCGGUAAAUUCAAUAGAAACUUUGUUCCCUCCUGGUUGCUUCAAUAAUAUGUUCUUGGGCUUUGUUUUUUGUGCUAUUGUAGAAUUCAAGGAUCCUGGUUUUUAUGUGGAUCAUUUACGCUUAGCAUGUGGAAGCUAUUUCGGAAACAAUAAUGGCGUCAGAGACGCCAUUUCUACAAGUGAAUAUUUCGAUUUGGAAAAUACCAUAGAAUCAGAUCAUGUGUUCUUUUGGUACGGCGGCCGUGACAUGUCCUAUUUAGAUUGGCUCAAACAAAAUUGUAACAUGGAGAACGAGGCAACAUUCUUCCUCUGGCCCGACGAUAUGGGCACCGACUAUAUGACAAAGUGGGAAGUGAAAAGGUUUGGAUUCCACUUGUUAUAUGACAAAGUUGAGCUAAACAAAUGCAAUCCUUACAUAUGUAGAGAAGCCAAUUUUCUGGAGCAAUUAGAAGAAACAACAAAUGCCAACAAUAAGAGAAGCAGGGAAGACUUCUACUCCAGUAAUAUCAAUGGCAACCAGGAGGUGGAAACGCACCCUAAAAGAAGGCAAAAUUUCUUUAUGGAAGAUUACUUUUCAAAUACUUUCUUUAUGGAAGAUUACUUUUCAAAUACUCAGGAUGGGAUUAACUACGACGCUACUAUGGUUCCUUCAAGUUCUUCAUGUGAAUUUGCUCCCAAAUUCUACAAAUUUCUUUGA